AGCUACGUGAGGCUGAAAUUUCAAGACUCAAAAAGAGAUAGAGAAAUCACGAGGAGGUGAAAAUCAGUUUUCAAAUGGACUUUUCUGCUGGAAAUCCUGGAAACACUAUUGGAAACUCUGGAAACACUGAUGGAAACCAUGGAAACACUGAUGGAAACCAUGGAAACACGGUUGGAAACACUGAUGGAAACCUUGCUGGAAACCCUCCUGCCAACCCUGGAAACCACAGCCUUGUUGAAGAGCUUCAUGAGAGGCAAAGAGCUCUAACGAAAAAACUUCGGAACCUUAGAUAUAAAUUGAAGGAGUAUAAACAGAUCGUUGCUGAAAAAGAAACUGACUUGGAUGAGCUACGCAGGCAGAUUGAGGAUUCGAUAGAUAACAAGGAUGCAGAACCCUAUGAUGUACAGCCCCGUGUCUAUGGCUCUGAUGGAGAUGAAUUCUGCUAUGAUGCUGAUCAGGAAGAUGGAGGCAACGAUGGUGGAGACGAUGUUGAAAAUUCCAUGCCUAUUGAAUAUGACUUUGCCGAGCCACGCCAAAAAGCUCCUGUUCCAACUGAAAUCGACUAUACUGCGAUAUUUGAGGAAGUUGAGGAAAACAGAGACUUCAGCUUAGACGAAUAUGUUCCUGAACCUGAUAUGGAUGCUGCACCUGAACAUGAAAGUAUGUUGGAGUACGAUGCACGAGUUCUUGAUCGUGAAAUUAAGCAUUUGAAUAUGAAAAGGGAAUUCAUUGAAGACGAACUUGAGCCUCGGUUGUAUGCUGAAAGAGAAGAAGUUCAAGAACAACUAGAAGACUUACUUUGAUAUUGGUGGUAUUAAUUCUUUGUUUGGAAUUGAACAGCAUUUACUUUACCCACUAUCUCUUCCCCCUGGACUACACAGCACUUGCAUGCAUUUGGCAAUGCUUUUUUUUUUCUUUUUUCUGUUAAGGACAUGAACUCCUAGUGAUUUUAUUACAUUGAGUUAC